UCGAAACAGCAUUCACUCUGUACGUACGUGAACGGCUGUUCGAACUCAGCCGAUGCUGGUGGACGCUCCCAUGGAGGAAAAAUAAAGCCAUUCAGCUUUGCCCCUUCCAGCACGAUAAUCUCUUCACGAGUCGUGAGUUUGCGCUUGGACGUAGGGGGUUGCAGCUUGGAGACAGGUUUUUGGCGGGCCGCUGAUUGCCAGUCCGCGGCCGCCUUGAUCCGCUCGGCGCGGGUGAUGAGUUCCUUGCAUUUAGCAUCGAGUUGAACCUUGUCAUUAGCUGGCGCGAGGCGCAAAGCCUUCAUGUAUUGUUCGGCGGCAUUGAUGGCAGCUUCCAGAGCCGCUUUUUGAGACGUGGCGGAGGCUAUCGCUCCUUCGGCUUGCUAACUGCCGAUUAGCGAUUCCGCCUUUUUCAUGUCUCCAGUCUGGGAAAAUAAGGUGUGGGUGGGAGCCAUAUUUACCAACGCCUGGGAAACAUGCAAGUUCAGCGUAGCCCCGUGGGGUCUAGACAUGGCUCGCACUUGCGCUGGAGUCGCAGGGAAAGCCGAUCUUCUGGGCUGGAUUGUUCAACUAGCAAGUGGAAUUGCUGCCGAAGAGUGGUUGGAGGCCGACGUGCCCCGCAACGAAAGGCUGAACUAGGGAGCCAUCGGCCUCUCCUACCACCACCAGAACAGUCACCGGUGGGCGGUCGAAUCUCGGAACGAGCUAAUUAGUAGAUGCUCGUUCCAAUCCGAGUCAUUCACUCAGAACCCGCCGGUGGAUAUGCUGUUGUGCACCUCCAGAGUCUCCGGAGCUGAAGGCUGACCUAAGCUGGUCAGGCCGACCAGGGCUCCGAAAGGACCUCGGCUCGCAGCGCUUCACCGCAGCGCCGAGGUGCUUUUGCCCUGCGCCUGUGCCAGUCCGGUUUGUUGCCAUUCCGGCUUGUAGGCUCGGCCGUUUUGCUUUCGGUUGAUAUCGGUUACUAUGAUAUUGAGUAUCUUGGUGAUGCAUCCGAGAUCUUCUUUCUUGAGCCCCUGAUUGAAUCUCCCGCCUUCCUCCUCGUCAUUUGUUCUUGAUUUAUUCCGUGUUCCGGAGUAAGCGUCCAUCGACGUCGUCAAGCGCGUCAACUCGAUAUACAUUAUGGCUGGCCAAUCCAAGCCUGUACGCCUCUCCCCGUGGGGAAGCGCCGUUGCGGGCGCAACGGGCGCCGUUCUGGCAAAUGCGCUGGUAUACCCAUUGGACCUGGUGAAGACGAAAUUGCAGGUUCAAGUCAAGCAAACGAAAGGCGCCGAAGGACAAUCCGAAGUGGAACACUAUGACGGGACUGUGGACGCUAUCACAAAGAUUGCAGAGAAGGAGGGUAUUACGGGUCUGUACUCUGGCAUUGCUGGCGCUCUGCUCGGAGUUGCCUCGACGAACUUUGCCUACUUUUACUGGUACAGCGUUGUUCGCACUCUGUAUUUGGCUUCCAACAAAGGCUCCGCGAACCCUGGCACUGCGGUCGAGCUGUCUCUGGGUGCGGUGGCUGGUGCCGUCGCGCAGAUCUUCACCAUUCCCGUGGCAGUGAUCACUACCCGCCAGCAGACACAGCCCAAGGGCGAGAAGAAGGGAAUGAUCGAGACCGGUCGGGAGGUCGUUGACAGCGAGGACGGCUGGUCCGGCCUGUGGCGUGGCCUCAAGGCCAGUUUGAUUCUGGUUGUCAACCCCGCCAUUACCUACGGAGCUUAUCAGCGCCUAAAGGAGGUCAUUUUCCCCGGAAAGAAUAACCUCAAACCUUGGGAGGCUUUCCUCCUCGGUGCCAUGUCCAAGGCUUUAGCAACCAUUGUAACUCAGCCUUUGAUCGUCGCCAAGGUUGGUCUGCAGUCCCGUCCCCCACCAGGUCGACAGGGCAAGCCCUUCAAGACCUUCGGUGAGGUCAUGAAGUAUAUUAUCGAGCACGAGGGUAUCCUCUCACUUUUCAAGGGCAUUGGCCCUCAGAUUACGAAGGGUCUGCUGGUGCAGGGUCUAUUGAUGAUGACCAAAGAGAGGAUGGAACUCAUGUUCAUUCUCCUAUUUGCCUACCUCCAGCGGAUCAGGAAGGAGAAGCUGCGAAAGGCAGUGGACUCUGCUGCGGCCAAGGCAAAGACCAGCCUGCCCGCCACCCUGAAAUAGACGACCCCUGUUUAGUUACGCCCUUUUUCUUCUGUGUCCCCAUUUACUUGUUACUUUGAAGACACUUUAAAUGUCUCGGUCUAUGGCGUGCUGUUCUUUCUGUUUGCUCUUUUGAUCCUUUGUCUAGACAUCUCUGGGCUCUUUGAUCCUUGGGAGACUCCUGAUAUAGUAGAAAGCGACUUUUUCUACUCUGACAUUCGAGAUAGACUUGUACAUAAACGUUCGGCUUGCAGCUCAUCUCAUUCCGCUGAAUGCUCAAAAGUAAAUUUCCCACUGGAGUAGAAAAAAUAACAGUAGUUAGUUGUAAAU